AACUGUUCUUUGGUCAAAAUGGGCAACCAGCAUGAAGUACAAGCCUGUGCACUUCCAAGCCAAGGCCCUGCUUCGACACAGUCACCAGACAACUCAAAGCCAAAGAAGAAGAUCUGCUGUGCCUGCCCCGAAACUAAGCAGAUUCGGGAUGAGUGUAUCGUGGAGCACGGAGAGGCUGCCUGUGCCAAAUGGAUUGAAGCGCAUUUGCGAUGUCUCCGUGCUGAGGGCUUCAAAGUUUGAUACUCUGUUGAUCGAUCUUCAAGUUAAACAUGUUUUUCUCCCAUACAUGGCUGCAUAGAUACAUUGCUAUGUUUACAGACUUUUCUUUGAUGAUUUGCUGACAAAAAAAAACAAGGUCUGGAUAAAAUGGUAUAAACUUUCUCAGAUGGCAGUAUGAGACUUAUAUACUUUGAAAUAAAUUACUGUGUUUUUUUUGUUGUUAA